UCCGCUUUUGGGGGGGGUGGGGGGUAAUGCCGACGAUAAUGUCCUGAUCCAGCUGAAUGUGAUUGAGGAGUGGAAGACUUCCAGUGAUAGAAAUGCUAAUUACAAAUGCAGCAGAUCAGAUCAUCAUCAAUUCUAUAUUCACCGUUUUCCUUAGUCUCCUUCUUCCCCGAGAUCCCAGCUCGAUUUCGUUUCAGGAUACAGCAGAAUAAGCUUUUGGAAUUGCCAUCCUUCUUUCUUUGAGACAAAGAUUCGGCAAAAGUAAGCGAAGCCUCCAAUCAAUUCAAUGAAAAACGUAUGUCAUAAAGGUCUGCUUCGAGCUAUCUGCUGCUGCUCUGCUGUGCGUUGAUGAUGUUGGUGUUGGCGAUGAAGAUUUGGAUGACAUUUGAUCUGUUUGCUCAUCCUAUGUUAGGUUGUUAGCUUUUUAUUUCUAGUUCGAGAUUUUGAGUUAUGAACUGUGAUUUGCUUUCUAUAUAUGUGUUUUUUUAAUUAAAGAUAGAAUCUUACAAUUCACAAUUUGAUUUUACAAUUCACGAUUCCACAACCGUCGGCCGAUUCUAGUUAGAAUUGUAAUUUUGACAACCUUGCUUGGACGCGUUCAUUAAGGAGAGAGGCGCCUUCCAUUCCUACUCGCUUGACUCAGGCGUUGACUUGGGAACGAGUAGAAGACUUCAAUCAAUUGGGAUGCAAAAUGCCAAAUAACAACUGACUGAAGAUGCAGUUGUUUCUCAUUUUCUAGUUUACCCCUCUCGACCUCAUAAUCAGAUCCUCUCCCCUCAGCAAGGUUUGAGUUCCGCUUCGAGUAGAAGAUAUAUUCGAUCCACAUUUCUUCGAGACGGUUUGACAAGGUACGCUUCCUUUCAAUAAUUUUCCUUCAUAAGCUAGCUAGCUAGUUAUAGUUGAGUUGCUCGCUUUAAGUUACUAGUGUCCGAACCAACAUUCACUGGUAUUGCUUAAAUCAUACAUGUAACUGAGGCAAUAAUUGGGUAUUUUGAAGCUUUAUAUGGGAGCAAAUCGGAUGGCAAAAGUACAAUAGAGGUAUUAGGAGAAAAAGGGGCUCAGUUGAACCCCGAUCAAGUUCAAAUUUCACUAGUUAAACUCCUUUAUAUCUAUUAUAAUCAAUCGAAAGAAGAAAAAAAUAUAUAUGAAUGAAGAUACAGUUCAUAAUCCUAAUUAUUUGACUGACAUGGAUGGAGAUGAGAAAGAGAGCCAGGGGGAUAAGUCUCCCCAAUUUUUAAUCAUUAUAUAUUUUUAUCUUUUCCUUUUUCAUCGAUUGUUUUGUUUCUAUUUAUUUAUUUUUAUUGUCAUCGUCAUUUGACAAUAUCAUAAUUUCCAAAGAUUGGUAGCAUAAUAUCCCGUUUAGUAAAUUUUAUUAAGAAAUUUAGGGCUGAUUAUCUGCACCAUCUAGCUUAUGGGAGCAGCUGAGUAAUCAUAAGGUAGUUAUGUUUUUCCCCAAUACAUAUAGACAUGCACAUCCAUAAGCUUCACACACGUUACAUUACAUGCCUGGAGUACUUUCUGUUGAUAUAUAAAUGUGGAACAUUCACUUCGACAGCAGGCCCCAUUGAAGCCAACCGAUCAAGCCCCUGUCGAGUUUAUUCAGUCCGCAUCGUUACUCUCCAAUAUCGUUUAACUCCGUUGGCUGUGCUUUUUUCAUCUUUCCAGUUAUAUAGCAUGGCAGAACCGAUACUCCAAGGCUUCACACAGAGUUUAUUGGAUAAGAUAGUCUCCCUGGUUGCUGAAGAAGUUUCCUUGGCUUGGGCCAUCAAAGAUGAGCUCCGUAAACUACAAAGAACUCUCGUCUCUAUCAGAGUGGUCAUUGCAGAUGCCGAGCAAUGGCAGUUCCAUGAGCACAAGCUUAGAGUCUGGCUAGAGGAUCUUAAAGACGUCUUGUAUGACACCGAAAAUGUUCUGGAUGAAUUUGAGUGUGAAGCACAGCGAAAGCAAGUCAUUAAGCACGGGCACAUGCUCGGAAAGACACGCCACUUCUUUUCUUGCUCCAAUCCACUUGCCUUCCGUCUUAAGGUGGGCCAUAAGAUCAAGGAGAUAAGGAUGAGAUUAAACGAGAUUACAGCUGAGAAGGAUGCCUUCAAUCUUAAUCAGCAGACCAACUUUAGCAGCGGUUCUCGUAGCAUAUGGCGCGAAACCCAUUCACGUGUUAAUGUGUCGGAAAUCAUUGGACGAGACAGGGACAGGGAUGUGAUUGUCAAGCGCUUGUUGUGCCCUGAUGAGGACAAGAAUCCCUACAUUGUUUCGAUUGUCGGAAUUGGAGGGAUAGGGAAGACUGCCCUGGCCAAGUUGGUGUACAAUGAUGAUCGGGUAAAACUUCACUUUGAUUCGAAAAUUUGGGUGUGUGUAUCUGAAGAAUUUGAUCUGAAGAUUAUACUGCAAAAGAUUGUCAAGUCAGUAGCUCAGGAGCCAACAACCAUUCAGAGCAUUCAUCUUUUAGAGCUAGAGCAGCUGCAGGCCAAAUUGCAAGAGCUCUUGCAAGAUAAGAAAUUUUUGCUUGUAUUGGAUGAUGUAUGGAGCAAUAAUCGGCGUCAGUGGCGUGAGUUGAGGGAUCUCCUUACAGGUGGCACUACAGGUAGCAGUGUAAUCAUGACAACUCGCAGCUUAGAAGUUACAUAUGCUGGGGGCUCUCUUUAUGAUCACAAGUUAAAAGGGCUUUCGCAAGGUGACAGUAUCUCAAUACUCAAGAAGGUUUUAGAGGAGAGGCAUGGCAGUAUGACGAAUCCUGAGCUCUUGGAGAUUGCAAGCCAAAUUAUUGACAAAUGUGGGGGUGUGCCGCUCGUGGUAAAAGCUCUUGGAGGCUUGUUUUGUUCUAACCCCAAUAUAAGAUACUGGAGAUCCAUCGUAGAUGAGGGCAUAUUGGCUAUGCUACAUGAGGAAGGUGAUAUCUUGCCAAUAAUCAGAUUAAGUUACGAUCAUUUGCCAGUUUACUUGAAGAGAUUGUUUGCCUUCUGCUCAUUGUUUCCCAAGGAUUAUGUGUUUAACAACCUUGAGCUAAGAGAAUAUUGGAAAGCAAGUGGACUGAUCAGCACAUCGCAUAAUAAUCCAGAAGAGACAUGCCAUCAUUUCAUAAAAGAGUUGUUUGCAAGAUCUUUCUUCCAAGACUUUGAGGAGCAUGGCCAAAUAUUCACAUUUAAAAUGCAUGAUAUAGUACAUGAUCUUGCACUAUCUAUCGCCCAAAAUGAGUAUCUAGCCUUAAAUUCCGACACUGCAAGCAUUUCAGAUAGAGUCCGACAUUUAUCAUUCUUUGCCAGAUCCAACAACCCACUGGUACGUAUGCCACAAAACCUAAAGCAAGCAAAAAAGUUGCAAACCCUCCUUUCUUUAGAACGUGCUGGUGAUGCAAGGCUUCCUAAGGAGUUUUUGAAAGCAUGCAUCUCUAAUUGUAAGUAUCUGCGAGUAUUAGACUUGGGUGGUCUCAUUUUCGAGUUGCUGCCUAGUGACAUUGAUUCCUUGAAGCAUUUAAGAUAUCUAGACCUAUCUCGCAAUCCAAAAAUCAAGAGACUGCCUAAAUCGAUUUGCAAUCUACAAAGCUUGCAAUAUUUAUUUUUUAAUGGAUGUGAGAACCUUGAAGAAUUGCCAAGAGAUAUGUGGAAGCUUAUCAAUCUUCGUACUUUGGGUAUAAUGACGAAAGAGAAGAGCUUAAAGAACAGCGGCAUAGAACACUUGAAGUCUCUACGAGAAUUGUGGAUUGGGGGAUGCAACAAUCUAGAAACUUUGUUUGAAGGGAUAAAUAUGGAAGGCCUUGCUUCUCUUCACUUGUUAAGUAUUUGUAACUGUGAGAGUCUAACAUCCAUUCCCAUGAGCAGCUUGAAAUUUCUUACUUCCCUGGAGGUUCUAACUAUUUUGAAUUGUAGAAAGCUCCAUUUGUCCAUGGAGGAGGAGAUAUUCUUCUCAUGCCUAAGGACAUUGGUUUUUAUUGGGUUACCAAAGAUGUUGACCUUUCCCAAAUGGGUCCAAGGAGCCGGUAACACCUUACAGUCCCUCAGUAUCAGAAAUUGUCAGCAACUGGGCUUACUCCCUGAGUGGCUACAUAAGCUCUCAUGCCUGGAAGCACUAGGAAUUCUUGGAUGUGAUGGCAUAUCAACCCUACCGGAUGGAGUUCAAGAUCUCACUGCCCUCAGAGUUCUAAGGAUUUCUAAUUGUAGUGAGUUGGGUGGCAGAUGUCGACCAAAUGGACCAGACUGGCACAAGAUUGCUCACAUUCCGGACAUCGAAAUUGAUGGUGAAAAAGUCGGUACUAGUUGCAUAACAGUUGCAGGGUCUGGAUUUCGGUCAUUUCACCGUGUCCUCCAAGCAACUUCCGUUGUUGGUUCUUAGUCUCGCUCGUGAUAACGCUCUUCCAUAUUGUCGGCGACGAACGUGGAAGCAGUAGCUUUGUCAUCAUAUGUGCAUGAUUCUUUAUUUAUCAUUUUAAACUCUCGUAACCUACUCUAUGUUUGCCUACUUAAGAAAACUUGUGUGAACUACCUUAUAUAUGUACCAGAACUGGUUUAUCGGCUUGUAUUGCUAUUUGUGUGUGAUGCUCUUAAUUUGUCCAUCUGUUCUGUUAUAUGCUAUGUCAGCACAACUGAACUGUUGACUUGUAUUGAAAGACCAUGAGUUGCUUGUUAUUUGAUAUGUUCUGUCGAUUUAAUGCGACAGAUUGCACGAUCUUUAUGAUGA